UUACUAGUUUUAAUUAUAGACAAAAUUGCAAAAAUGGUCCCUGUGGUUUGCAUUUUUUCAGGAAAAAAGUCCAAACCACGAGUUUUUUGGUUUUGUGGUCCUUUUGGACUGGUUUGUUUGUGAGAAUGGUCCCUAUACUUAACACCCGUUAAAAAAAAUCCGUUAACCCCCUCAUGUGCCUUGCACGUGAGGGUAUUUUUGUCUUUUUACUUACAGUGUCAACACUUCCUUCUACCUUUUAUCCCUCAUUUACAAUCCCAAACACCCGUCAACUCCCCACCUCCCUCCUUCUUCCUUCUGCUCCAUUAAACCUGCAAAAAAAAAAAGUCGUUAUCGAAAGAACCUAAUCGAAGCAAAAGGAGACAAGGUCAUACUUUAAAGUCGAAAUGGUGUACGUAAUGUGGCAGAUCAGACCAAAAAAUGAAGUUGUCGACGUAUCAUCCUUAUAUGCGGGUGCACCCACAUGGUUUAGUAUUAAGCUUCAUCAUGGUGGGAAGUUUACUAAGUUACCUGACAUAAAGUAUACUGGAGGUUACCCAGACCCACGGAUGAUUGAAUUGAGUGUUGAAUCCCCAGUGAUAUACUACCAUUUCAGGAUACCCAAUGGUGACUUUCAAUUUGGUCUUAGAGCUUUAGGGAAUGAUCAGGAUGUUAUCAAUCUUUCUAAAUUUAUUCAAAAUAACAAGUUGAUUGAAGUGUACACAGAACAUGGGAAGACAAAUCUACUCACAUACUUCAUGUCUCCAAAUGCAAAGGGUAAAGUUGUCAUUGAGGAAUUACCAGAAAAUGAUGAUCAAGGGGCUAAAUAUGAGGCUGAAGUUCAUGUAGAAUCUCCAUUGAGAAAUAUGAACCAUGUCAAUGAUGAACCAAUUGGUGAGUACAUGUCUUUGAUUCUUUUUGGGAGUAAAACUGAUGCAUUCUCUCCAGAGUAUAGAAGGGGUAGAGUUGGGAAUUCAAAAAGAGAGGAAGGUUCUUGUAGCAAGAGGCUUAAUUUAGAGGAUAUUGAUGAUUUAAAAGAGAAGGAAAACACUAAUGAGGGUGUUAAGGAGGUUCAUGAGGCUGCAACUGUUGUUGAAGGAUGCUACAAUCCAUUUACUUCAAAUAUUGCUAAUGUAGGGGAUGAGAUGAUUGGGGUUCAUGAUAAUGACCAUAUUGAUGGAUGCUACAACACCCCACCCAUUAAUGAUGAUGAACAAUAUAAUGAACUUUUUGACAACCUUAUGGAAAAUUUAAAUGGAAGUGAUGAGUAUGUUGAAGAGUAUGAAGGGGAUGUUGAAUCUGAAGAGAGUGAUGAAGAGUAUGAAAAGGAUGAAGGUGAUGAUCAUGAUGGGAAACAAUCAGAAAAUGAAGAUAAAGUGGAUGACAUAAUGGAUGAGGAGAACAAUAUAGAAGAUGUUGAUGUGGACAUGGCAGACUUCUUUCUAAAUGUUGAAAGUGAUGUUGAAGGAGCAUGUAUUAAUGAUGGUCAUGAACCUGAAGAUAUGGAAGUGAUCAACAAUGAGGAGUUCGAAUCAUUGGAUGAAGGAUCAGACCAAGACAGAGAAAGAAGAGCUCUCAUAAGAAAUUUGGGAAAAGAAAAAAGGUGCAACCUUGGGUCAGUACAUAUACAGUCAUUCUCAGUGGGGCAAAAGUUUAAAAGUAAAAAAGAAUUAAAGGAGUUAAUUGAUGUGCACGCACUAGAAACAAGAAGGAAUCUAUUCUUUAAAAAAAAUGACAGUCAAAGGCUUAGGGCACAGUGCAGAGGAGUUGUACCUGUCAUCAAUAAAGGUCAAGUGGGGACUAAACCUACCACUUCAAAAAGCAAGGGCAAAGAAGUAAAGACACAAAAAGAAACAUGUGGUUGGUAUAUACAUGCAUCUAGGUCAAACCCCGAAUCUGAUUGGUUUAUAAGGACCUUAAACCAAACUCAUACAUGCUUACAAACAAGAAAACUCAGAGCUUGUACUGCUUCUUUAAUCUGCAAGAAAAUCAUAGAUCAAGUUGAGGCAGAUCCGAAGAUUCCUUUGAGAGCCAUACAAGAUCACUUUCAAAAGACCUACCAGGUGGGUAUUUCAAUGGAUAAGGUGUUUAGGGCAAAAGAUAUGGCAAGAAAGCAUGUAACUGGGGACUACACAAAACAGUUUGAGUUGUUGAGGGACUAUGCUCUUGAACUUCAAGCUACAAACCCAGACACAACAGUCAAAAUAGAUGUGUGUCCUAAUGGCAACCCUGCAUCCCCAACAAGGCAGUUUAGAAGGAUUUAUGUAUGCUUGGGUCCACUGAAAAAAGGUUUCAAAGCAUGUCUUAGAGACUUAGUAGGUUUGGAUGGUGCCUUCAUGAAAGGCCCAUUCCCUGGUCAGGUUCUUACAGCAGUUGGUCUAGAUUCCAACAAUGGAAUUUAUCCCUUAGCCUAUGCAAUUGUUGAGUCUGAAAACACAGCUAGCUGGAAGUGGUUUUUAGAAAACCUUGGGGAUGACUUGGAGCUUGGGAGCAACUCAAACUAUACUUUCAUAAGUGACAGGCAAAAGGGAUUACAAAUUGCAGUUGAUCAAUUGUUUCCCAAUGCUGAGCAUAGGUAUUGUAUUAGACAUAUUCAUGACAAUAUGAGAAAGAAGUGGGGGCAAACUGAGUACAGGGACCAUUUAUGGAGGUGUGCAUCAGCAACCACCAUUCCUGAGUUUGAACAUUUGAUGAAAGAGUUUAGUGAGUAUGAUAAGGAGGCAUGUCAAUGGUUGAAGCAAAUUCCUCCUGUACAUUGGGCAAGGAGUCAUUUCUCAGGAAGAGCUGUUUCUGAUGUGUUGAUUUCAAACAUGUGUGAAGUGUUUAAUGGGAAGAUAGAGAAAGGCAGGGACAAACCUGUGGGAAGGCCUAAGAAAAAAAGAAGACAAAGUGAGGGUGAAAGGUUAAGCAAAAGGCAGAAGGCAAGUGAAGGUGAUGGAGUCAAUGAGAUGCAAGGAGAAAAUUCCCAAGGGCCAAGAAAUGAUGGAGUGCAGAAGCUAUCAAGGAAACAUUUAUGGUUUGAUGAUGUGGUUAUGUAUGGUGCACAGACACUUGUAUGCUUAACUUGGUAA